GAUACUUACCUACUAUAAAGUGAACCCACUUUUAUUUAUUUUCCCCUCUCUCUUACCCCCCAAAUGCCGAAACGUAGACUCCCACCCAUUCGCAGUAACAAGCGGAAGAAGAAGGUAAGUCAUGCAUGCACACAUCAAUCACCACGACCACUGCCCACCGCCAAUCCCUCAAACCGCAGCACAGAACAGUAAGCUAAGCUAACCCACAAAAACCGGUACCGUAGCUCCCGGAGACUUCUGAGGAAUUCCUUGACGGUUAGUGAGGUUCCUCUUGGAAACCCGGUGUGGUACUGAUGAUGCGGGAAUUGCCUGCCAGCUGGUAUCGAAUUGGAGGAGUCUGGGGAUCGGUGGAGGGCUGGGGAUAAAGUUAAGGUGUGUUAUGUUGUUAUGUGUUAUGUCUACCCGUAUAGUGACUUGGGGAAUGUGGAAUUGACACGUUGUGGGAUGGAUGGGUGGUGCGCAUCAUACUAGGCUGGGAGGUUUUACAUUAAGGCUAUAGAGAGUUACGAGGCGGCGUUACAGAGGAAUCAGUGGUCUUUUGAUGCGACUUAUAAUAGGUGAUUGAGUUUCCGUUCACCAAGUUACAAGUGGCUCGCUCGCUAACUCGAGUACUAUAGAGCACGUUUGCAGUACCAGCUAGCGCAACAUCCGAAUCUGCUUCCCACUCCUUCAGACGUAACCCCGAGAUCACUAUUAGAGAAGGCGGUACAGAGCCAUAGGGAAUGCCUGGUUCUGAACCCCGAGAAUCAAGAUGCCUUAUUGUGGGUCCUUUUCCAAUUCGAUCCAAUUCGAAUUCGAUAAUAUCCGUGGAGAGCUAACCGGAUACGUUAGUAAUACGGGGCAAGUUCUCUGUAGCCUUGCAGAAGCCCUAGUCGAGUAUAGGAACACACCUGUCGAAGUCCGGUCCGAGGCUUCAAACUUUUUGUGCGAGGCGGUAGAGGUAUUUCAGAAAUGCCUUCAGGUCCAGGAAUCCCAGCACGCCUCACUCGGCCUAGGGAACGGUACCGGUACCGGUAUUGGAGAUGAAGGAGACACCGACAUGGAUGCCGACGAGCCCCCAAGCGAACACGAGAAUCCCGUCCCCAGCGAAGGGGGACAGGGAGAUGACGACCAAAUGAGCGAAGGGUCGGGAAGCGGUAGCGCACAAUGGGUGAUCGUACAGACCCCCGUGACAUUGACUCAAAUCUUAGACACGGCACUUGCUCAACUAGAUGCAUGUGCGUCAUUGCUCCCGCUCUGCGCGGUAGCGAGCCUAGGAGGAAAGUCAUUAUCCUGGGCACAAUCCAUGGGUGAAACCCUGAUCUCGUCAAAGAUAAUCCCACUAUCCCAAGAGAUAGGGCGAGAGCAGGACGUCGCACUUGCCAAAGCCAAUUUCGGGGUAUCGCUCGGAGAAGCUAGCUUUAGAGCAGGACUGACCGACCUCGCCGGGUGGGAGGCAGCCAUCCACUUAGCCUUUCCGAAUUCCGAAGGUACAGCCCAAGGCUUUCAGGAAUUAUGCGAUAAAGCCGACGCUCACAUCCAGCUUGCCUCCGCCGCCUCAGAGAAGACGGAGGAGGGGGGUGCUGCGGCCAAUUUGGCCUGGAGGCAUUACGCACUUUCCGCAAAAAGUUUGUCUGCAGCAGCCAAGCUUGAGCCAGCCAAGUCCGAGAUUCACAUCGCAAGAGGGGACGUGGAAAUCUUAAGGGCCAAGCUGAGCGUCCCCGCUGCGGCGGAGAGCAGAGAUGUCUUGGUCAAAAAUGCGGGCGUUUACUAUCGCGGGGCGAAAAGGCUUGAAGGCGAUGCAAGGAUCAGAAUUGAAGCCGCAGUUAAAGAGGCUAUGGUGGCGUUCGAGGGCGGGGAUGGAGGUGAACUAUUGAAAGGGAUUGAACCGGGCCCUAUCGUCAAAGAGGUGGUGGUGGAGGCGGUGGACGAGGGCCUGUUUAGCGCAGAUUGGUUGUCGAGAGUUAGCUCAUGAAGGUGAGAUAUAGUGCUUCAUGCACUUGUUCCCUCGCGCGUAUUGUAUGAUACAGUAAAAGUCAUGAAUUUGGGAGGUAUUCCCGAUGGUCUGGAGUUCAUGGAACACAAGUGCGGAACGGUAUAAGUGCUUAUGACC